AUGACAGCAAUAACAAAAGUUGGAGCUGUUAUCAUAAAUAAUGAUAAUGAAAAAGAUAAUUGCCCAAUUGUUUGGUAUGACACACUAAAAGAGCAAGACUCAGAAAUGGGAAAUAUUAAACCAUGGCAAGUUGUAAAUCGUUUACCAGGAAUUAAUUAUAUUUGUAGAAAAGCUCCGUUAUUCCGUCUAUUAACAAGAAUGUCGCGCAAAUUACCAGAUAUAUACAAUUUCUUUCCUAAAAGUUACGUUUUACCUCAAGAAUAUUCACAAUUUCUAACAGAUCGAAAAGAUUCAAAUAAAAAAUACAUUUAUAAACCUGACAAUGGAUCCCUUGGCUGUGGAAUUGUCAUAUUAAAACCAGAUACCAAGUUCAAUUACCAAAAUACAGCAGCUGUUAUGCAAGAAUUUGUUGAAUCAGCUUUAAUCAAUAAUACUAAAUUCGAUUUAAGAAUUUAUGCUCUAGUUGCAUCUAUACGUCCUUUGCGUGUCUAUGUUUACCGCGAUGGAGUCGCCAGGUUCUGUUCUGCGACAAAUUCAUCAGAUUCUGUAUUCGGCCAAAUAACGAACACUGCUGUGAAUAGAACCAAUCCGAAUCAUGUCUCAAUUGAACAAAUAACUAAGACUGUUACAGAAACUUUUCAAGAAUUAGAAAAAGUUACAAAUAUUCAAAAAUUAUGGGACAAAAUCGACAGAAUCAUAGUCCUUACAAUCAUAUCGUCACUAAAGAUCCUCGAAGCAGCCGAAAAGAAGUACUGUCCUCCGUAUCAAUUCCAAAGAUGUUUCCAAUUACUCGGAUUUGAUAUACUUAUCAACAGCGAUUACGAACCCAAGAUCUUAGAAGUCAAUUAUAGACCUUCCCUUGCAUCAGACAUUCCAAAAGAAGCCAUGUUAAAAAUAGAUAUGUUAUCUACCCUUCUUAAAAUCGUUACCCCACCAGUUUCUCAUAUAGAAAAACUCAAUACAUCGACAAAGGCGCAGCUCGAAGCUCAGUUCAUGCCUAAAAAGACACCUCCCGACAUUAUCCAAGAUACCAUUCGUCAAUCCCAAGGAAUUUCACAUUACGAUUGCAUUUACCCUACAUCAAAUAGCGAGCAAAUGACAGAAUACAAGAAAGCUAUGGAGACAACAGCCACAUUAAGUUCGACUAUCGAUGUUCGCGGAAACAUUCCAUUUAUGGAUGUCAUGGACAAUUCCAAGAAGCAAGAUAAGCAACAGCAAUCGCAGCUCCAAGCGAAAUCAAUGGCAGCAGCCAGCAUUAUUGAAAAAACACCUCUUUCACUGAAAAAUUUGAUAGAGAAGAAAGUGGAAGAGAAACAAUCUCCAAAAAAUGCAGAAAGCAAAUCCACACUUCCAUCUUCAAGACAAGAGAAAAAACCAGUACAGAUGAGAUCGACAGCAAGUUUAAAAUCUUUUCCACAACAAAACAAUACAAAACUGCAUCAAACUCUGUCGACAAAAUCUAUAUCUCCCUCAGGAAACAACACAAGGCCAACGUCGAAACUGUCGACAGGGAGGGAGAAGCCUCCACCGGUUGUGACGACGCAGCAGAAGAAAAGAAUGGUAACAGUGAAACCCUUGCAGAAAGCGAAUACUCUCUCGAAGAAACAGAUCAUCUCUCCAAUGGAUAUUGGGAAGAUGCAACAUCAUCUUGUUUCCCAUCAUGUUGGUCCUACGACCAGAUGGGUUUAA